GGUUCGUAGGUUUAAACAUGGCGGAUAAAAUUUAUUUUUCAGAGCGAUCAGGGAAUGAAUCGAACGCCUUGUAGGUAAAGAAAUGGCUGAAAAAUUCUACGCAGUAGUGAUUUCUGCGUUGGCUGCCAUUCUGGUUCGAUGGUGUGUGUCUCUCAGUCCAUAUUCAGGUAAGAUAUGGCUUGAAAGGCGGAUGAAAAGCAGCUUGUUCAAAGAGAAAUCUGGUUCUUAACCGGAUGUUUGCUUGGUCGACUCUCUAGGAAAAGGAAAGCCACCGAUGUUUGGAGAUUACGAAGCGCAGAGACACUGGAUGGAAAUAACUUAUAAUCUACCAGUUGAUGAAUGGUAAGGUGCUGAAGAAAUUAUUGCGUAUCAGGCCAUAUUUUGCCCUAAGUUAAUUAUAGCCUCAAUUAAGCCUCCUGCCUCUAGAAAAGCCCCCACCCCUUCCCCCUCAAAGGAGUUUGAAAUAAAUACCCCCCCGGGGGGCCUGAAUAGAGGAUUUACAGAAUGUGUGACAGCUGUCAAACUGCUUUGACCAGUAGACCAAUUCAUGGAGCAUGCCAUGUGUUACGCCUGUGAGUAGCACAGUAAUGGGUGUACAAAAUUCUGUUGAAAACCCUGGUUGGUAAUCAAGCGUACCAUAGUCGCUAUACACACACACUAUAAGUAGGCAUUUUAAUAAAAUACUGAUGAUCUCUUCAUUCUCGAGAUUAUCCUUGUCAUUGAUAUGUAGACCUUAAAACCAUUCCACUUGAAUCCCUACUAUUUAUGAAAGAGGAUGGGGAUGGAGGGGGUGCAUAUUUAACAUCAUGGCCUAGGGGAUGGGCGCUUAUUCUGGUAAUUUGCUUGAUGUUAAUCUUCAGGUACAAUAACACCACAAACAAUGACUUGAUGUAUUGGGGCCUGGAUUAUCCACCAUUAACUGCCUAUCACAGCUGGAUUUGUGGGUUCAUGUGAGUGCUAUCUGAACAAUAAAUUAAAAUGCUUCAUUGCAAGGUUUACAGCUAUUCCAAAAUGGCGACAACUUUAUUUUUCUUUUACAUUCAAGUAAAUUAGCCCUGCAUGCCUCAAUUCCACCUAGAAAUUCUUUUGAAUUCUGAAGAUGCUAUGGAGGCAUCGAGGGCCAAUUAACAUAACUAUAAAAGAAUAAUAAAAUUGUCCCUAUUUUGGAAUAAGGUGUAUAUCAGUAAAUGACCAUGGCUCAACAGUAAUGAGGAUGUUGUCAAAGAAAAAUUCCUGGUGUGCUCUAAGAAAAGGUCUGGGUGCCCUAUUAGAAGGGGGCGUCAGGGUCUAUAAAAAAACUGAAAAACUGCUCUAAAAAUUACCCAAAACCGAAAAACCACGACAGACUUCGAUCCAAACUGAAAACCGAAUACAAAACCAUCAAAAUGGAAGAUUUAUAAAGCUCAAUUUUCAAAACCCUAGUCUAGAUCUCAAACGGUGGUGAUAUAUUGUGGAACAUAUGGACUAAAAUGGUAAAAUAAUACUAGAACAGCUCUCCAAAAAAUAUGUCGGCCGUCUGUCGGAAGACUGUCGAUUGACCUAUUGUCCUUUCUUUGAAUUUGAAAACCCUUUUUACUGGUAGUCAUUAUGUCCCUAACUUUAUUAAUAUAGUAUAGGAUUUACGUUUUUUGACCAUCUCUUUCAGAGCAAACAAGAUAAAUCCAAACUGGAUUGCACUUAACAAAUCUAGGGGGCAUGAAAGUCAUGAACAUAAGUUAUUUAUGAGAUACACAGGUAGAAUUUUUUUUUUCAAAUCCAGUAUGUAGUUUGACUGUUCACAGUCCCUUAUUUUUUUGUAAGAUCAUUGGGAUAGCACCUAACUUUAUGGGCAGCAGCUUUGGCUUCAAAUGUGUUGACUGAGUUAAGGGGGGUGGUCAUCCAGACCCUUAGAUAAGAGGGGGAAAGGCAUUCUCCAAACAAAUUUUUCAGCCCUUCAGACCUUGGUUUGGUCUAAAAACCAUAAGGAGGAGGGGGGAGGCCCCCCAGGCCCCUCCCCUGGAACCGCCACUGCCCUGUUCACCCCUUCAGUAUGUGUAAAACUAUAAAGACGGCUGCCGGUAAUGGAGAGCACUCAUUCUCAAUGAUCUUACGAGAAAAUAGGGGACCUUGAACAGUCCAGUAAGUUGUAUUAUUAUGGACAUUUAGCACAAAGAACGUCACUACAGCAACAAGAUUUGGAAAUUGUUCCUAUUUAUGGUAUUUUUUGCUUUGAUCUUGUUAAAAGGAUUUGGUUUUUGGAAGCCAAGGUACCGUAAAAUUCUGAAAAUAAGCCCCUCCAAAUAUAAGACCCCCAAACCGGUAACGUAAAAAACCCUCCGUUAAAUCGCCCCUCCAAAUAUAAGCCCCCCGAGGGCUUGUACGUGGAAAAUUGCCCUCAAAUACAGAGUAAAACAAAGCUAAAACGGUAAAUUUACUUCCAACUAUAAGGCUAGCCCAAUUGAUUUUGAAACGCAAAUAUCCCUCCAUAGAUAAGCCCCUCCGUAUAUAAGCCCCUCAAAAAGGGCCUUUGAAAAAUAUAAGCCCCGCGGCUUAUUUUCGGAAUUUUACGGCCAAUCGCAUUACAGUAUGACGUCAAAGCUAAGUAUCGGUUGAUUUGUAGAAAGUUCUCGGGAGUUUGCUCAACCAACCAAAAGCCACGUGCAUUUGUAUCUGUUCGAUAAACCAAUCAAAUCACUCUAUUUCCGUCCAUUCGUUGUUUCUGUUUUGCUCGCAUGUUUUCAUUUCAAAGUCAUAUGAAAAUCGCUCUAUCGGUAUAAAACUUGCCUGCACCUUUUGGUUUUAUCAAGUUACUUGACAGUAGGUCUGGGUAAACUACAGCGUGACUCCAGUGAUUUUGUUACCUCUGUGUCCUGGGUCCCUGAUGCAUAAAAAUCCUCAAAGGCGCAAAUAAUUCAUGGCAUGCAUCCCAUAGGACGCAAAGAUCGAUCGAUUGAUCUGAACAUGAUUGUGUAUUUGUAGUUCUAAAUGUCCCAUUCGUGUAAUUUCUGUGGUAGUUAUUAUUAAUAAUGGCUGUUGUUUAACUAUGCAUUAUUUCUUUUAGCCUUUGUUGUGCUUUAAAAUAGAAGAACUAUAUUUUAAUUUCAGUAUACUGUAAUACAGAGUUUUGGAGUCUGUCCUCAGAUGAACUUUUUGGUUACGCAAAGGCCCAAGCAUUUCCAAUUUCGGACUCAUUACUUCAGCUAAUCAAAUGGAUAUUUCUUUGAUUAUUUUAACAGUGUUGGUUGCUGAUGUACUAGUAUACAUUCCUGCAGUCUUUCAGUUCUCAUUUCUUUGUUUGGGAAGAAAACCUGCUUUAAAUAAGGUAAAAAAAGAUAACCAUGAUAAAGGUAUCUUUUUGAAAUCAAUACAGCAUUGAUUUUGUUUGGAAGUUAGCUAGUCUUCUGUAGCCUGCAUUAGCAGAUUCGCUUUUUGGCUUUUGUUUCACAUGCCCCAUGGAGAGAAGCUACAAACAGAAAUACAGCUGCCCUCACAGACUAAACAUCCUUUUCAUUCAUCCUGCGGCAGGAAUAGGUCAGUUGGUAGAGCACCUGAUAGAGGAGCGGGAGGUUGUGGGUUCGAUUCCCGGGGCCGUACCAACUCUCAGGGUCUUAAAAUAACUGAGAAAUGAAGGUACUGCCUUUGCACUGCAAAUGGCUAGACCUUUGCGUGGCUCAGAUGACCAUGUAAGAUGGCAGCCCCGUCCCCAGUAGGAGAUGUAAUAAUACUGUCCCCAAUUAGUACUUUCGUGCUAAAUACAUUGACGCUGAAAUAAAGUGCAUUUUAUGUGAUUGUAUAGAUCUAGAAGAAGGACAGUUUUUUGUCGACUAGACCCAGACCUCUUGGUUGGCCAAUACAUUCGAAAUCAUAGAAUCAAGAGACAUAUACUACACCUGAUGUAAGAAAUGGCUGGUGAAACAUAAAUAUGACAAGAAAACCUCAACGCUACUAGAGUUUGUUUCUGUGACUUUAAAAUGAAACAGUUCACUUUAUAAGGCAUAAAUGCACGCUGUAACUGGAAAGUAACGAAUAUAGGCCAUCACACACAUAGCCUGCGCCAGAAACAAAGUUAAAUUCUGGUCAAGUCCGUCUGUGAAACAGCACAGAAAACCUUGUUCUGGCCCCCACCUGUGUACAAGGAUUUGGGGACGUGACAUGAAUAAUAAAUUAUGUGGAAAAAAAACAACAAAAAAACAGUGCCCACCCCGUUCUUUCUUGUGGCCUUUACUUUCAAGCACCUGUCCCCAAACUUAUUGGGCGUCUUUUGUUGUUUCUUUGUUUGUUUUUAAUUGAGUGCUUCCUUACAUCCUCCAGGUUCUCAUUGCAUCUGCCAUUCUUUUUUAUCCGGGAUUAAUUCUCAUAGAUCAUGGACACUUUCAGUAUCCUUUAACGUUCUGUCAGCGGAAAGUUUUAAUUUAUAGUUUACUACAUCCUUCCUCGAAAUAUAAAGGUGGCGGUAGAACGCAAAAGAAGUAUAGUGAUAAGCAGAUUUUAAGCUAUUUUUUGUGCAAAUUUUGAAUUGAUAAUUGUGAAUUCUUUAAGUGCAGUGAAUUUGAAAUUUUUUUUUAUCACCACUCCAUUCUAUUACAGGGACUUACUUCACUUCCUCCUAGCCUGUGGCUAAGAUAUACUCUCUCAUGUAAAUGUGAAGAUUGCUUGUUUAUAUAGUUUGUGUUGAUACCGAUGUUAUGAUGAUGAGGAUGACGACGAUGACGACGAUGAUGAUAAUGAUGAUGAUGAUGAUGAUGAUGAUGAUGAUGAUGAUGAUGAUGAUGAUGAUGAUGAUAUGACGAUGAUGAUGAUGAUGAUGAUGACGAGGACGAUGAUGAUGAUGAUGACGAUGACGAUGACGAUGAUGAUGAUGACGAUGAUGAUGAUGACGACGGUGACGAUGAUGAUGAUGAUGAUGAUGAUGAUGAUGAUGAUGACGAUGAUGAUGAUGAUGACGAGGACGAUGAUGAUGAUGAUGAUGACGAUGAUGAUGAUGAUGAUGAUGAUGAUGAUGACGACGUUGAUGACGAGGAUGAUGAUGACGAUGAUGAUGAUGAUGAUGACGAUGAUGAUGAUGAUGACGAGGACGAUGAUGAUGAUGAUGAUGACGAUGACGAUGAUGAUGAUGAUGAUGAUCAUGACGACGUUGAUGACGAGGAUGAUGAUGACGAUGAUGAUGAUGAUGAUGGUGGUGGUGGUGCUAUGGAAGAGUUUGAUUUUGGCGUGGUUGAUGAUGUGGGUACUCGUCCACAAGCAAUACAGCUUCUAGAAAGCCGUCUGUGCAAGUGCCUGCUGCCCAGUAUGAUCACUCUAGUUAGUUUAUACCCUAGACCCUGUCGAUGCUCAUUGUAUACUAAUCCUUGACAAGUAACUUCAGAUAUAACGCCAUAAGUCUUGGUUUGGCAUUGUGGGGAGUGAUAGGGCUAGCGCGUGGUCAUGAUCUCCUGGGGUCAAUCGCGUACACACUGGCCUUAAACUACAAGCAGAUGGAACUUUAUCAUGCGUUUCCUUUCUUUUUCUAUUUAUUAGGGAAGUCCUUGCAAGAAAAAUCAUGGUAAGGUUUCCUUUUUUCUAAAAAUGUAAUUGUAAAUGCUCUGAUUAUAGCGAAUGUAAAACAGUUUUUCUUUGACUUAGCGACAAUGUAGCUUUCCUAUACUCCUAUGAUCGCAAGCAAAUAAUUUUAACAGUCCAAAUUAAACAUAGUCGUGGAAACAUGAUUGGAAUCUCACUUUUCGUGAGACGGACAAGUUAGCUAAUUGCAAGCGUGGAAAAUGAAUUAUCGAAUUACUACUUCCCAGCACGCCGGCCUCGUCCACACGUAUCCGGAUAUUUUUGAAAACUGAGAUUUUUUUCCUCCGUUUUAGCCUCCUGUCCGCACGUCAACGGCAUUUUCGGGCACCAGAAAUGCAGGUUUUCGAAAACGGUCCCCAGCGUGGAGUUUUUUGGAAAACGACCGCUGAUCGUUUUCACGCGGACGGACGGAAACGGAAGUUGUCUAAUCUGGCGAUGAUGUCAUACAUCAUAACGUGCAUGCCCUACAAGGUCUGCUAUCGUAUUUCCAUUUGUCUAGCGUUUUCGUGCGGAGAGACAAAAACGAUUCGAAUACGAUACGUGUGGACAAGGCCUUACAGUGUAGUUAAUUUUUUUUGCAGCAUUGAUUUCGUGACUCUUUCAAGAUGACCCUCUCAACCGAUUCCUUUGCAGGAUUUCAAGAAUAUUUAGCAUUGCCAAAUUAGGAAUUGUUGUUAUUGUGACGUUCAUUUUGUGGUAAGUUUACUUUCCGCAAUAUAUAAAAGGAAGAACAGUUCACUCUUUAGACUACAAAAUGGCAGUAGUUUUUGUCAUAAAACCAACUUAAGGGCCACUCGACGGACUGUCAAGCGAGCGAGAUGUGUUUUUCUCAUCAUCAGAACUUAAGCAUAAUUGUGGUGCACCAUAUUUAUCACUUUUGUUGUGGUUUUACUUUAAACAAAGCUACAACGGCCUAAGUAUGUACUAGAGUUGAAAUGUAACACAGUGUUCUCUAAAAUGGCCGCCUCACCAUGUCUUAUUUCUCUCUAGUUGGUUGCCGUUUUUGACUGGAGUUCCAGCGAUUUUGCAAGUUCUUCAUCGGCUCUUUCCAUUUGCAAGGGGUCUUUUUGAGGUACGUACGAAGACUCUGAAAAAUAGAUGCGUUACUUAGUAUUAUAUUUAAAAACUGCAUUUUAAACGCUUUCCAGUUGCUUUUUUCAUCAAUUGCUUUUUGCUGUUAUCGCUGCUGUCGUCGUUUUCGUUACAUCAUCUCCCUACCAAGCGAAGGCCCCGCUUUACAUACUCAGGUUUUCACUGUGCAUCUUUUACGAACACCGCCGAAAAGACGAACAUUUUAAACCCUCGAUUUUUGAAACGGCUCCUAUUAUAGCCAGCAUCGAGCCAGAAAAAUCCAUGUCUGCAUGUGCGAUGAAUACAUUUAAAACUUUUUUUUUUCUCCAGGACAAGGUUGCAAAUAUUUGGUGCUCCAUUUCAGUUCUCAUCAAAGUCAAAAGAGUUUUAACCCAAACACAGAUCAUUAAACUCAGGUUAGUGAUUGCCUUUUACGCGAGAGAAAGGUGGAUGUUGUGCCAAAGUGCACUAUGGGAGUUUAUUGGGACCCUUUUAUCCCUAAACGCCACUUUCACCUUUCCCAUAAUGCACCUUAUUUGCUCCCCAAAAUUUUGCAUAAGCAUUGUUUUCAGUUUCUCUUAGGACGGCUGUAAUAUCCAGGAGAAAUGGAAAAAAAAGGUUAUGCAGAAUUGGGGUGGACAAAUUAGGUGCAUUAUGGGAAAUGUGUAAGUGGCGUUUUACGAGGUUGUGCAGGAAAAUGGGUAAAAAUUCGUCCCCUACAACAGACCCACAACUUACUUUCCCUCUAUUUGUCAAGUCAAAUUGAGUAGCUCUUAUGUUAGCCUGCGUCGCACAUGUCAUCUAACCCCGGUUAGUAACGUCUGCGUCUCCUAUCCUUGUUCCGGGCCGUCAAAAGACUCAACGAAUUCCCCCGGAAAGCGUCACAAAUUUCCUUUCAUCUUGAUUGGUAAAUCAACAAUGGCAUUUUUAACAGGCCAAUCACGGCGCGUACUCAAAUCCUGGUACACAGGUGGGGGCCCAGAACAAGAAUUCCGGCGCUGUUUCGCAGACGAAGGUAACCUGGCCCCGUUUGUUCAAAUGAUGGAUAGUGCUAUCCACCGGAUAAAUCACUAUCCAAUUGAUAGAUAUUAGGGAAACCGAUUAUGUUAUCCAUUGGAUAGAGAUUUAUCCAUCGGAUAGCCCUAUCCACCUUUUGAACAACUGGGGCCAGAUGUUUAGUUCCGUCUACGGCACAGGUUACCGUUGUGCCCAAGCAUAAGGUAAAUGUAACUCAAUGCACAGUAGUUUAGGAUCAUCAUACGUUUCUGGGAAACUGCCCACCUACCCGUCCCCUAAGCCAACAUUAACACUUACCACUUACUUAGGGCAAAAUGUUGACUUAGGGGAGGGGUAGGUGGGAAGUUCCUUGAUGUUGCGGACGGGUGCGAUUAUCAUUAUACGUUUCUAGGAAACUGCCCACCUACCCCUCCCCUAAGCCAAGAUUUUGCCCAAAGUGAGAGUAAGUGUUAAUGUUGGCCUAGGGGAGGGGUAGGUGGGCAGUUUCCCAAAAACGUAGAAUGAUCCAAACAAAAGGGAGCCAACAAAUAGUCUCCGCAACAACAAGAAACACCCCAAUCCACGGUAAGCGUUCUGACUGGGAGGUGGCCUGCUCUAAUCUCAAAACAAAACAGGCGAAACAGCUGUGCACAUGCGUGAGGUUCUGUUCAGUCUGUGGGUUGGUGUACAUGUGUCACUUACUCAUUAGUUUGCCAUAAUCUAGCAGGGGUGAAAAUAAUAAAACGCUUGAUUGCAGUUCAGCCGCAGAGGAGGAAGGCAUUGUUGUAUUAUUAAGAACAAAUUGAACAAAUUAGGAAUUUUUCAUAGAAUUGCUUGGCAUCUAAUACUGUUUUUGUUCUGGGAUGUCCGCGCCCUCACUGCAAAUCUAACAUGAUAUUUUCUCCCCUAGCACGUGGUCCACAUUAACUGCUUGUUUACCUUCGUCCCUAAAUUUGUUGAGGAACCCGACAAUAGAUCGAUUUGUCCUGGCUCUGGUAAGGUAAUCGUUUAGCUGUAGUUAACGAUGUUAGUGCGGGGCGUUAAUUCGGGCAUUAAAUAUCUAGCCCUUCGUCAGAGCGAAUCACUCAGGCAAGGGAUGGCGCUCGAAACGUCAUUUACUCAAUCCCCUUGCGGUGACCAAUGUUACUUCAAAGUACGGUAAAAUGGGCAGCCAAAAACGUGCAUUUUGUUUUGCAACAAUGAUGCAAAACGGGUUGAAUUGCGAUGUUGCACGUUUUACCACCAACGAAUCAAACCUGCCUUGCAAAAAAUCAGGCUCGCAGGUACGCAGGCAGCCUGUGUAGAGACCCCCCCCCUCCCCUCAGAAAAAAAAUCGGAAAGAGUGACGUCCAUGAAUCGCCGUCGUUAACCGUGUUCCGGUAUACAUUUGCAUAAUUAUUAUUUUUUGUUUGCCUCUGACAACUGAAAAGGUGUUGUCUGAGGGAAGGGGGCGUCUGUAAACUAGCUACCCGCAGGUUGCUGUUGCAACGGAUAACAAGGAUGGACAUGGAUUCAACCUCGUUCCCAGGUUCUCUCUCCUACCCGUCGCGACGGAUAGGGGAGAACCCUGGGAACGAGGUUGAAUUCGCCCUGCCUUCGACUUUAUCGCCCUUAUUCUUGUUUAAUUCCCCAAAUGUUGGUAAUUUGUUUUGGAGAUGAAUUCUAAAGGACUGUAUCAAAGUUCAGGAAAAGAAAAGGAAAGUUGUCUUGUGUUCCCGUCCUCGACAAAGUGGGAAAUCCGGCACUUCACGUUGUUGUCGUGCAACGACGACUAAGAAAUACUUGUAUACAAAAAAGCGUGAUGCACGUGCAGAAUUGUUGUUGUUUUGCUAAUCUAACCCUAUUGCUUUUUUGUCGUUCUCGCUGCCGUCGCCGUCGUCUUUGCUUAAGCUCCCUAUCAUUGUAUUCGAAAACCUCCGUUUUCGUCCGUCCACAUGUAAACGAAAAGCCGGCGUUCUCAGAAAUCUCCGUUCUGGAUAGCGUUUUUGAAAAGAUCCGUUUCCGCUGACCGUUUUCACCGGAUAUAUGUAAGUGUUGAAUGGAAGAGUAAAUUAUCCGUGAAAAUAUCCGUUUUCGAGCCUAAGUCAGCCUGAGUAGCAAGCGUUUUCAAUCGAGUUAUUGCGCUCUCGUCCCAAUUUUUUCGACGAACUCGAACGGAAACGUUUGCUACGCAGGUUAGGCCUAAGUUAAAAGAAAGAUGCAGUGAAAGGGUAUUUAUGAUAAAAUUAUGCAUAGGCGUUAACCACAGAGUACGUUUAUUCUUUGUAAAUUUAGGUGAAUUCAUCUCUGGCGUUCUUCAUUUUCUCGUAUCAAGUACAUGAAAAGUCAAUUCUUUUAGCCGCACUGUAAGUAUUAAAUCUCUUAUACAAUGUUUUUGUAAAUAAUGUUCUCGUGGUUUAUUGCUCGCAAAAUACCACAAUGUUUUUGUAGUUACUAUUCUAGGACAUUGACUCAUUGCUCGCAAAAGGCUACCCAAGUAUCUUAAAAAAAAUCUGCAUUUUGAUGUAAGGAUCUUUUGAGCUUAGAAACCUAUCAAAGAUUGUUUUUCACUUUAUCAAGAAAGUAUUUGACGUUUCUGGUUUCAAGGUAAUGACGUCUUCCCUGCGUUUCACUAGCAGCGAAAGCAAAUGAGCGAGAAACCCCGUAAUCACUGUUUGGGUGCCGCUUGCUUAAAGUUGAAAUUGGAGGGCUACGGUGACAUACUCUCCCCAGGACUCCGCAUCCACCACCGCCGUAGCGAUUUUCUUAAAGUCUCCAAUCUCAUUUUUGGAGGAACAUAUUUUUGCUUUGUUAUGACGACUCAAGGACAUGUUUCCUAAGUGGUUUCUAUUUCCUUUUUUUUUUAUUGUUUGCCAUUACUUGUUAAAAAACAGUUCGAUGCUAAAAUCUCGUUUGUCCUGAUAUGAUUUUAUUGUUCAUCCAUCAGCCCUGUAUGCCUUCUUCUUCACUACAAGCCGUUUGAGUGUUCAUGGUUUUUAGUUAUCUCCACUUUCAGGUAGGUACAUGAAAGGUUAUUUUUAAGCGGCUUCAUGCGGUCUCCACAUUUGUUUUGUGAACCUUACGAUUUGACAACGCCGACGCCGGUGAAACCGUCACGGAAAACUGGCGUCCUUUCAAACCUUUUCUCGAUUAUUCCAACUUUUUCAUUCUUUUAAAAGUUGGGAAAUUAAGUUAAGCUGAAGAAAGAGGACCUCUUUCUAAGCUUAGAACGAUACAGUAAAAUGUCAUCUUCUCAAGAAAACUUAAAAUUGGUCAUUUAUUUUUACGUCGUAGUUUUGCAGGGAAGGCAAAGAAAUUUACUGAAGAGCGUGGCGCACGUGUAGAGUUGUUGUUUGGCUUAUUGCGUUUUUGACUUUCUCGUUUCCGUCACCGUCGUAGUUUCACAAGGUCCCUACUUUUCCCCCAAAAAAAACGCUGCCUUGUUCUCACUGCUCGUUAACGUUGGUCUGUUUGUAGUAUGUGGCCUUUGUUACUAAAGGAUGGCCUAGCUCUUCCUUACAUUUCCUGCAUGUUGUUGUUCUAUGCUGUUUCUUAUCACGUGUUUGAACUGCACAAGACCACAACACGAAAGCAAAGUUUGGUAAGUUUGGUAUUCUUGCCGUUUCUUAAGAUAUGAAACUUUCAAAAUUUUUAAUAAGCCUGUAAUUAACGUUCAGGUGUGAUCAAACAAGGUGUUGCUGCCUAAUAGUAUUUAUCGUGUGGUUUCCUUUUGAAGUUAGAAUCACUUUUUUGGUAAAAUAUUUUAUAGCACCUCAGUGAAUGUAAUUGGUGGCAAGUUAGCGUUUCAUUCACAGACUCAGAACUUAGAACCACCUUGUACCGCAUUAUAAACAGUACCACAGGAAAGUACUGCUCAACAGCUUUCAUUUGAAUGGUUACACUUUAGGAGCUCAUCCUUAGGCCCAAAAAUCAGAACCUCCUUGUACAGCAUAAAUGUCCUAACUACAGGGUUUUAUCGCUCAAUAGCUGUCCUCUCAGAACUCAGGCUUACACAAGUUUCAGGCGUACUUUUUAACUGACCUUUAGUUCAGUCAAUUUACCGUUAAAAAGACAUUCGGUGUAAUUGUUGCUCCACAUUGCUUUUGUUCCUAGUUUCUUUUGUCGGUACUGGGUGCCCUGUGCCUUCACACUGGUUCGGCUUUGGUCCAGCCCCCCAGACGUUACCCAGACCUUUGGCCGGUUCUCAUCUCGCUGUACUCUUGUUUACAUUUCCUAGGAUUUCUCUGUUAUUUCAAUUACCUUCAAUUUACUCUUGCAUUCAACGCUAAACCUGUGGCAGCUAAAGAGAAGAAGUCUUAAUAACGACAAAUUACAGCAAUCAUUUUUGAGUAGCUUAGUUAGAGCAUAUGUCUUAGGGGGUCAUUCCAAGACGCCUUUUUAGCGUUCUUACGAAGUGUGUGUCAAUAAGCUUUUUUAAGUCCCGCAUUAUGAAAAGUCCUGAUGAAACAGCAGAAGCAACAACAAAAAAACAAGAAACUUGUUUGCACAUAUCGACAUUCCAUGCCAGUCCUAUAAGCAUAGUCUGCGUCGCAGACGAAAUUUACUAAUCUCGGUUAGUAACGUCUGCAAAGCAGCGUCCUGAUUCUCAGACUCGUACCCAGUCGCUAUUUAAGUGUUUUUGGGCGCGAGAGAAGAUUGGGGAUUAGGUUGAGGCGCGCGC